GCGCACGCACCCAUAAUCCUGCAUUCUCCAACAAGUUGUUUAUGGAGUUGCUUCUCUAUUUGCCUACACCCCUAAAUUCACCCCUCCCGGUUUCUUUGGGCCCCCUCCUCGGUCCCGGCCUGAAGGAGGGGGGAGGGACUCCGGGUUCGGUGGGGGAGGGCGUACCCCACGCUCAAGCCCGCGCCGCGGCGCCCCCUCUCCGCCCGCUGCUGACGCCCCCGGAUUAUUUAUCUGCAAAGUCCCGCGCGCGCCCAUUGGGCCGAGGCCCGAGUGUCAGCGCGAGUCCGGGCUAGCCAUUGGCCCCGCACACGUGCGGCCCUAACUCACGUGCUUCCGGUUUGAAGGCAAAAAGUGUGCCUGGGUGAUUUUUUUUCAUGCGAGAGAGUUUGUGCAAAGAUCCGAGCUGUCAGAGAUUUGAAAAAAAAAAAAAAAAAAAAACCAGCCGGGAGCUGGCGGAGACGCGCUCUCCCUGCAAAAAAAGCAAAGGCGAUUAAAGGCGCUGCCAGCCUCGCGCUCUGGGCACAGCUGAGCGUGACACUCGGGGAAGUCAAACCCCUCACUACUGCCUAGGAAGAUGGCUAGACUUUAAAGACUAUUUUUUUUCCCUUUAAGAAAAAAACUAUUGGAGCUUUUUUCUUUUUUCUUGCUUUCUUUUUUCUUUUUCUGUUUUGGCCGUGGCUUACUCCCCAUUUAAAACAAAUCAUUGAAUCUGGUUGCAAAAAGAAAUAGCCAAGUGCCUCCAUAUCUGGAUGUCUACAAAUUAGAGAGAGACAGCGAGAUCUAUCUGCUCGAUAAGAGCAAAGCGAUCCAGGCCAGACGCCCGGGCUUUUUUUCCUGCACCCGCCCCGUGCCUUCGCUGCGGCUUCGCCUGCCUCCUUCCUCCGCGCACCCCCACGGGCCGCUGGCAAAGUGGGGUGGGGAGCGAGGCGGGGGGGGCGGGGGCCGGCGCAGCGGCCGGGGCGGCGGGGCGGCCGAGCAUGGAAGAACAGCAGCCGGAACCUAAAAGUCAGCGCGACUCGGGCCUCGGUGCGGCGGCGGCGGCGGCGGCAACCCCGGGCGGCCUCAGCCUGAGCCUCAGCCCCGGCGCCAGCGGCAGCAGCGGCAGCGAUGGAGACAGCGUGCCGGUGUCCCCGCAGCCCGCGCCCCCCUCGCCGCCCGCGGCGCCCUGCCUGCCGCCCCUGGCCCACCAUCCACACCUCCCCCCGCAUCCCCCGCCCCCGCCGCCGCAGCAUCUCGCGGCGCCUGCUCACCAGCCGCAGCCAGCGGCCCAGCUGCACCGCACCACCAACUUUUUCAUCGACAACAUCCUGAGGCCGGACUUCGGCUGUAAAAAGGAGCAGCCGCCACCGCAGAUUCUGGUGGCUGCGGCGGCCAGAGGAGGCGCAGGAGGAGGAGGCCGGGUGGAGCGUGAAAGAGGCCAGACUGGCGCAGGUAGAGACCCUGUCCACCCGUUGGGUACGCGGGCACCGGGCGCCGCCUCGCUCCUUUGCGCCCCGGACGCGAACUGUGGCCCACCCGACGGCUCCCAGCCAGCCGCCGCCGCCGGCGCGGGUGCGCCCAAAGCCGGGAACCCGGCUGCGGCAGCGGCGGCGGCGGCGGCUGCAGCGGCCGUGGCGGCGGCGGCGGCGGCGGCCGCAGCGGCCAAGCCCUCGGACAGCGGUGGCGGCAGUGGAGGCGGCGCGGGGAGCCCCGGCGCGCAGGGCGCCAAGUACCCGGAGCACGGCAACCCCGCCAUUCUACUUAUGGGCUCAGCCAACGGCGGGCCCGUGGUCAAAACUGACUCGCAGCAGCCUCUCGUAUGGCCAGCCUGGGUGUACUGCACACGCUACUCGGAUCGUCCGUCCUCCGGUCCGCGCACCAGGAAGCUGAAGAAGAAAAAGAACGAGAAGGAGGACAAGCGGCCGCGUACGGCGUUCACGGCCGAGCAGCUGCAGAGACUCAAGGCGGAGUUCCAGGCAAACCGCUACAUCACGGAACAGCGGCGGCAGACCCUGGCCCAGGAGCUCAGCCUCAACGAGUCCCAGAUCAAGAUCUGGUUCCAGAACAAGCGCGCCAAGAUCAAGAAAGCCACAGGCAUUAAAAACGGCUUGGCGCUGCAUCUCAUGGCCCAGGGACUGUACAACCACUCUACCACCACGGUCCAGGACAAAGACGAGAGCGAGUAGCGGCCGCGGGCUGGGGCCGCGCGGUCCGGCCGCCGCGCCCGCGCCCCCUCCUGGCACCGCCGCCGCCGCUUCUCCGGCCCCACGCCGGGGACAGAGCAUCUGCGCAAAGGAGGGGAGCCACAGGGAAAGCAAAAGAGAGAGACGGAGAGAGAUCCUCAGAAUGGAGAGUCACGUUUAAACGAAACAUUUUUGGAAAGGGAGAAGGACUGGACAGGUGCUAUCGAAAAAUAAGAUCUAUUCUCUAUUCACAGUAUAAGGGACGAAACUGCGAACUCCUUAAAGCUCUAUCUAGCCAAACCGCUUACGAUCUUGUAUAUAUUUAAUUUCAGGUAAGGAAAACAAAUAUGUGUAGCGAUCUCUAUUUGCUGGACAUUUUUAUUAAUCUCCUUUAUUAUUAUUGUUAUAAUUAUUAUAAUUAUUAUAAUUAUUUUAUCCCUCACUCCGCCUCGCUGCCCCCGGCCCAGUUUCGUUUUCGUUGCCUUUUUCUUUUGAAUGUUACUGCUUCUCCGGUGCCUCCCGCCCCGCAUCGCUGGCCCUCGUUUCUCUGGGACUUUUCUUUGUGUGCGUGAGAGUGUGUUUCCUCGCGUGUUUGCCUUUCGCCUCUCCCCCACCUCCCACGACCCUUCUGUCGGUCUGUCUGUCCUGCUCCCCUUUCGUUUUCCGAAGACUUGUUGAGAAAUACGACCCCACAGACUGCGAGACUGAACCGCCGCUACAAGCCAAAGAUUUUAUUAUGUUCAGAAACCUGUAGUCUGAAAUAAAGUGUACACUGUGCUCACGA